AUGGCGAUCGGAAACGCGGCGAACAGCAAUGAAUCGCUGACCCAGAGGAUGCUUCGGACGGUGCUCCAGGAAACGUCGACCCAUCUCAUGAGCGAACAGAAGAAGAUGCUGCAGACACUCUGGGACGCGUUGAUGGAGAACCAGCGAACGGCGACGAAGGUGAUGAGCGACCAGCUGGAAAUGAUUCACGAACUCCGGCAGGAAAUGCAGACGAGCAAGGCCGAGGCAGCCGAGGACCGGAAGAAGGCCGAAGAAACUAGACGUAUGCAUGAACGGACCGCCGAAGAACUAAAGGCGAUGCAAAAAACAAACGAGCACCUUAGACAGGCGCAAGAA